GAUAGAUUUUCUUCAUGACGAUCUAUCCCUAACCUGUUCUUUCAAGUCUCCCAACUUUAUGUAAGACUACAGCAAAUUUAGAUAUUCUUGUUGAGCCCGAUGUGGAUACAGGUGGCUUAUGUCUUCCUUGCAAAUCGAAAGCGAGAGAAAGUGAGAGUGGGAUGGACAGCACGUGCGCUUAUUUAACAAACUCGGAUUCUUGGGAAAAAAAGACUACAGCUCCUCCUACGUAUAUAAUGCUGCUGGACUACUCUGCAGAGAGCCGGCAAGGUCUCUUUCCCUCACCACAGAUGCAACCGGACUCUUACAGCCGCGUCAGUUUUUUCAGACUUGUUGUUUACGUGCGGGGCUCGACCGGCUUUUCAGCCACGUCCUUGCCUUUGACUCCUCGCUCUUCGUCCUCCUCCGCGGGAGGAAGGCUCAAAAGCGCUUCGGGUAUACGGAAAAGUUAUUGGAAGUCGAGUUUAAUUCCCUGGACGUAUCUCUGAGGCUUCCUUGGCAACAAUACGGAAGUGGUCUGCCCCUGCCUCUCGCUCCCUUUUUUAAAAUCUCAGUCUAACGGUCAGUCCAGAGAUGUUUCUGGUGGCCUCCCACCAAGCUCCAGCCAGGUCGGACGCGGGUUAUCUUUUAGAGAUCAGCCGGGACCAGCUACGUACUGCUGCCGCGACCCUUAAAAUAGGCACCGGCACCCCCAGCUCGCUUUUCAAGCCUUUGCUCCCACACUCCAGCCCAAGAGAAACCAUUCAAUGAGGCUAGAAGGAGCGGCGGCUCCCCUCUCAAAAUAAGUCCGUAGUUCCCCUGCCUAACUGAAAAAGUGCGCAGAGAGAAGGCGACCAAAGCGCCCUUUCCUAGCAUAGGGGUGCGAGCGAGAACAAGAGCCCAGCAAAACCAAGCGAAGGGCAGCCUCGGUUGCUCCGUGGCGAGGGAGCUCUGGCAGGCAGCGCAACGCCUCGAAAGGUAUCGGGGUCUAGCUUCCUCAAGCGCCCUCCGAGAACCCAGAAGGCUUGAAUACUUUUCUCGUCUUUCUUUUCGCUAUCAACUCCCUCCGUAGCAGGUUUUACAACAUCUCUUGGUUUUCCCUCUUCCCCAAGACCAGCUGUUGCUUUGAUCUCGCUUAAAGGACCCAUGAGCCAGUUUUUACUUCUCGGCUCUGCGCUUGGUUCCUCUGUGGUCCUGAUUGUUCGUUAUUAAGAUAAGCUAGAAAUUGUCAAGAAAAUGAACAAGCCCCCAAACAACCAGCUAGAAUUUAACUAAUUCUUCUGGAAGCGGCUACCUGGAAGCGUUUGCCCUUCAUUCUUCUAAAAAGAGAACCUGGUGGGGCUUCUUAAAAAAGUGUCAUGGCUGAGGCAAGACAGCCCAUUCACUUUUUAGAUGUUUGUAAUCAAAAAUUCUCAGAAUUCCUGUUCAACGCCGAACAUAAAUGCUUGGUGUGGUUGAGAGAAAUUGAGGAGGAAGCCAUGAAGAUAUUUGAUAGUAACAAUUUCAGUACUGAACCAGAACUGAUGCCCAAAACACCAUCUCAGAAGAAGUAUCGGAAAAAGAAGCGGUCUUCAUUGUUUAAAGAUGAAAAUAAAGAACUGAUUAGAAAAAGAUUGUCUAGAGGACAUGGCAGUGUAAAGACUGCAUCCUUUCAGAAGCUUUCUCCAAGAAGAGGACUGAAUAACCAUGAUGUGAGGGACACAAUAUCCUUGCCAGAUAUUAUGACAAACUCUUCUAAAGGAAGUUCAGAAGUACAGUAUAAGAUAGCUGUGGAUCCAGGAGAGGAACCAUUUGGUAUUGGCUGCUGUAAAAAUGGUGAAGUAGGAGAAAAAAGGAAUAAGGACAUGCAUGGAAUCCCUAAAAUUUUUACUGUGCAUUCAGAUGACCAUUUAGUUGAUGGAUCAAGGAUCACUGAUAUUGCCAUUAUGUCAGACAAUCCUGUCAUGGUAGUUCCAGACACCACUGAUUCAAUAAAGGCAGAAAAAAAUAGGGAUGCAUCAAGCUUACAAAGUAUAUCCACUCCAAAAACCUUCCCAAAUGGGAAGCACAAAUGUGAAGAAGAAAUUCCACCCCAAGAAUUAGUUAAUAAUAAUUUGGACCCAGAGGGAGAACUCUCCCAAAACCUGAAAGAAAGCACUGGUGCCUCCACAGGGCCUCUAUCAGGCCAUCGUCCUCUAAGUAGACCACACAAAAAUCCAAGGAUCUCACUUGUGGAGAAAUACUCGCUGAGCAAUAAAAGAAAAAGCACGAUUCGAAAAUCUAUCAGCAGGACAAUUGCCAGGAAGCAAGUAGCUCAGGACUCAUCAUCCACUUCAAGUCGAGUAAGCUGCCAUAGUUCCACUGAAGUAUUUAUGGAUGAUGAAAACAGCAAACACAGGCCUUUGACACAGAAUGCUGAAUUAGGAGAGUCUCUGAACAAUCUACAAAAAGAGCCUGGUGUUCUGGAUGCAUCUAGUCUAAUUGUUAGCACCCCUGUGCACAAUCCAGCACAACUUGAGAGGCGCCAAGAAAAGACUUACAGUAAAGACAGACUUGAAACUAAAAUUACUGACACCCAUAUCAGUAAUUCUGAAGAUUUAGCCAGGAACAACAGUCCCUAUGAACAAAUGCAGAAUAUCCGGAAACAAAGUUAUAAUCAAGCAGUGGAGGAUCUACCUGCUCCUUCAUGCACAAAAGAUAAAAAUCCUAGUCCUUCUAAUCAUAAAACUACAUCCACUUCUGCAAAGAAAAUACUAUCAACUUCUGGCCCAUCCAAGAUAAUACAACCUUUCAGAAAUUUCUUUCAAACCAUGCAAAAGAAUCAGCUUCUCAGAUCUCCUGGGUCUUCAGGAAACAAUGUCCCCAAACAUAGUACUCCCAAUAGAUCUGCCUCCAAGGGGGAGUUUGUUGAAAAGGAGCGCCAACGUCUGGAGAGUCUUAGGAAAAAACAAGAAGCGGAGCAACAGAGAAAGCAAAAAGUGGAGGAAGAAAAGAGACGUCGGUUGGAAGAGAUAAAACUAAAGCGUGAAGAGCGACUACGAAAGGCAUUGCAGGCUCGAGAACGGGUAGAGCAAAUGGAGGAAGAAAAAAAGAAGAGAAUGGAGCAGAAAUUUUCUCAGUUUGAUGAAAGAAAUGACAAGAUGCGGGAGGAGAAGACAGCAGAGGAAAAGGCAAAGAAAAAAAUAUCUAUAAAGAAAAUGGAAGCAGAAGUCCGAAAACAGAAACUGCUGCAAACGGAAGAAGGGCCAAAACUUCAAGAACGUCCAGAAAAAUGGAGAACAAUUGGGGAAAUUAAGAAAAUGCUAGAAUACAAUAGCACAAGACAGGAAAAGGGGCACCACAAGCAGCAAGAUAAAGAGAAGCUGGUGAAAGUUCAGGAACUCACCAUAGUUAAAGAAGAGGAAGAAAAUCUAAAGGAAGAAAAGAAUUCUGCCCCACUGGCUCAGCUGCAGCAGGACAAGACAGCUGUGCAGGUGGAAGAUGUUCCUGCUGCAUGUAAGUGGCUGAAUAUAACUGCUCAGAAAUCUUAUAUUGGGAGCACCAACCAAGUGAAUGCCCAAGAUCUGAAAGAUACGAAGUCUCUCAAAGUCAGUCUGAAUGACUAUGGAAUGGAUCUGAAUAGUGACGACUCCACUGAUGAUGAAAGCCAGCCUCGCAAACCCAUCCCUUUGUGGGCCAAUGGGCUUCAACUUAACGAAGCUGUUACAUACCAAUACUACAAUCCUCCAGACAUCAACAGGUUAUUUGGUCUGAUACUGAGCCCUAAGCUAGAGGAUAUCUUCUACAAAAGUAAGCCAAGGUAUUUCAAGCGCACAAGUUCAGCUGUAUGGCAGUCCCCACCUCUUCCAGGUUCCAAACCAGCACUGCGGACAUCCAACAGCAUGAAAAAAUACUGAAACUGACUAUUUCUUGUCUAGCUAUAUCUGUGCUAACUGCAUCUGUAAAUCAUUUUAAUAUUUUAUAUAUUGUAUAAUAAAGGUUGAAAUGUUAUAUCUAUCUUCAGCUUCUCAGGUAACUAGGAUAAUUUGCUUCAUGUAUUUUGUCCCAAGGGCCUCAUUGUAUCUUCUAGCAUUUUGUACAGAUGGAAAAAAAAUUAACAAUCAUGAUCUGAUAUAUUGCUGACUCGGUCUUCUCUCAUAAUGCUACCCAAUAUAAAAGGUUCUUAACGUUGAAAACUGAUUGCUACACCAAUUGCAAGGGCUUCUACUAAGCCAUCUUGGAUUGUUUAUUUCUACUUUAUAAUUCUAUUCUGGUUUAUGCAUACAAUACCCAAUGUUUUAUAAUUAGAUCAUUGCAUACAGAUUCACUUCUCUAAAAAGAUAAGUUUUUCUGUUAUGUGACAUAUACAAGGCUGCACAGAUUCACAAUCAAAUAAAUAACAAAAAUGUUUUACUUGUUUUCUAGAAAGACAAUGAGUUCAGGGACAUUUGCAUUUCAUGAUUACAGUCCUUGCCUUGACAGAAGGGUGUAGUAUAGAUAUUUAGUUGAAAUAACCUGUAUCUAAUUUAUGAUCUUUGGAGGCCCUCUAUGUUCCACUGUGCAAAGAGAUUGAAAGAGUUGGAGCUUUUGCUGCUAGCAUCUUAACUUGUGGAGAUAUAAGUCUUAUUUUUUGCUCUCUGUUUUGGCAAUGAAGAGUUUUGCAUUCAGUGUUUUAAAUAUGGGGUAGCUUCUGCCCCCUGAGAUUUUAAUAAUUAUUUUGAAGUCUAUUUAAUGUGUUCUUUUGAUUUUAUUUUUGAGGAAAUAAAUUUUGGGGUCUUUUCAUAACCAAAGAGAAGAAGGAACAAUCCUUCUUGAUAAUUCAAAAUUAAAGGUGAUCCUACACCAUGUAGGAUUCCACAGUACCUUAGUAUCUUCCCAGCAAUUACACAUAAAAGACAUCCAUAUGUGACAGGUUUAAUUCAGGUAGGCAAAUCUUAGUUAAGAAAAGCAUAGAACCAAGAUAUUACCAGUUUACUGUUCUACAGUAAAAAGUGAAUCCUGGAGUUGACAGAUUCUUGUAUCCUUUUUGUUGUUAUUGCAGACAGGGACAAUCUGUUUAAUCAGACCAUCUUCAUUCUUUCUGCAUCUUUUAAAGAGCUUUGAAAUUAAUGGAUUAGAGACAUAAAUAUAAAUAUAUAUGCAUGCAUGUUAAAUACAAAUAUAAUAUAAAUAUAAAUGGGGUAUCUGCACAAAUAAAGGUGGGGAAGUAGAAGUCUUCAAUUCCCUUCCAUCUGCAUCCUUCCCUCAUUUUGUUUCUGCUUACCAUGUUCCUAUCUUUCCCCUCUUUUGUGCCAUCACCAAAUUAUAGUUGGACUAGCAGAGACUGCUGUUGCAUUCUAAUGUGCAAAAUCGGUGUGCAAGGGAAGCAGUGGCCUUGUGAUACUUGAGCCAAAGCAUUCCCCCCCCCCGCAUCUCCAUCACUUGUGAUUAUGAAGCAGCCUGUACUGCUAGGACAGGGAAGGGCAAGCUGUAUCUGCCCCUCCCCCAGACCUACUCUUCCAGUUGCACCACCAAAUUAUGAGUGCAUGUUUUCAGUCUAGUUUUUUUUUUAAGAAUAUAAGCAAAAUAGGUAUGUGAACUUCCAACAGGCUUAGAAACACCAAGCUGUUGUUAUAAAGUUGCUGAAUUAGGAACAGGAGCUGCCUGUCUAUAUUCAUGUUACUCGAUUUCUCCCAAAGGAUUACUGUACUUUUGAUGGUGAGCUGAAGGCUGAUUAGAGAUUUAUGAAGUCUACAUAUAGAGCAGACCUAUUCUUACAGCUACAGUUUUCAAUAAAGUGUCGUAGGAACAAGACACGGUCUAAGGUGGAGUGAUUGGGAUGAAAACCUUUCUUGGAACAUCAGCUUUGAUUCUUUUAAUCAGUCUUGCUCCACAGCUUGCCCAACUCUAGAUUUCUGCUCUCAGCACAUGUACCUAGAAGGUGAAAGCUAUGACAUUUCCACUGUCUUGGAACAAGAGCCCAAAAGGUCAACUACUCAUACUAACCUUUAUAACUUGUAACAGGAUGGAAGUAUCUUGCUUUUUCUGUUCCAAUUUGGAUAUGCUUAGCGACAAAGCAGAAGGAAGAAAAAUCUGAAUCUACGUAAUGAUGGGAAGCUGGUUUCAUAAUUUUGGUGGGGAGGAAAGAGACAAAAAAAAAAAACAAAUCUUGUUCAAGAUUGCCUAUUAGUGUCAUGAGUCACCUCAAACGUCAAUAAAAAACCAUUCCGAGUCAGCA